ACCGCGCGGAAUCUUGUUCUGUUUUAUCCGUGGAUGAAGCGUUUGCGCUGUACAUUCAUCUCCCUUUUAGCAUAACUAUAACGACACCGUUCUCCACAUAUCAGCACUCCUGGCUUAUACCUUCUCUUCUACUUGACAUUGCCACAUCUCGUCAUGGAAUUUGCACCCAAGUCUGGAUGUCCGAUGUGCAGUAUAGUAGCAACGGCAGUACAUGCUCCUUCGCACUCACCACGCACGCCCGCAUUUCCCGUUGGAUCGACACAACCCGAAGUCCUUUGGCGAGAUGAUAAUUUCACCAUAUAUCGCGAGAGAGCAAACCCUGUAUCAAGUGCAGGCCAUCUCGUCGUCGUGUUCAACCUACAUGUGCCCUCGCUGUAUAUGCUCUCCUCUAGCGAUUUGCCAUUGCUUGUCACUCUCCGGGACUUGUCGCGUCGCCUCCUCUCCUCUCUCCUACCCUCCUCCAGCCCGCAACCUUCACCCUCAUUGCAGCCACGAAUGGCCGCCACUCCCACUUCUGCCGCCCCUCACCAACUUUUGCCGAAUCAGACGCCUUCCUCCGUUAACCUCGAACUGUUUCGAAUCGGCUUCAUAACGCCGCCUUUCAAAGACAACAAGAUCCCCGUCACAGAUCACCUACAUGCACAUGCAUAUAUUCUUCCCGCUGACCUCAUGGGUUGGUGGCGGAGGGUGGCUUAUAGCUCCUUGGCGUGGUAUGAUAUAGACGACCUCAUUGCUGAGAUUCGGUGUGUAAUUUCUCCGGUUGCCCGCUCGUUUAAGAUUAAAGAUUUGAUUGUUGCUAACACACAUUGUAUAUCUCUCAGGGAGGAAACGACAAACAACCGAGUGCGUUCAGGGCCGUCGACUCACAAUCAUCCCCGACCUAUCGACCAUGUACCCAGCGCAGGCGCACGGCGUGGAUUACCCAACGGUGUGGAAACGACCGAUUCAGGAUUGGCGAUAGAAGACAUUGAAGACCCCGAGUCUCAGCCGUACCGCCAAUCUCAGCGCCGAAGCACUCAUCUCUCAUCGUCACGUCCGCAGUCGCCGUUAUCGCCGACAGGUCGCAGAGGAACUACAUCCCCACAUUUGACUGUGGACGUUGCACGGGGUAAUGGAAGUUCUGUAUCCUACGUUGGCGCUGGUGGUGGAUUAGUAUUGAGUCCGAAGACUGUCAGUGAUGAUGGCUUGAGGACACCGACGCGGACUGGAAGCACAUUCUCGCUCAAUUCCCCUAUACCCGAACUACGUGUAUGACCGACGUCAUAUUACGUUCUACAGCCGUUGUAUGCCUUUCGCUUUGAAGUUUGGUUAUUCAGCUUUCUUGCCAAGAUACCUCAUCAUUGUUCCCCUUCUUUUCAAUUCUACUCGACGGCUUAUCGCAAUGCUCGUUACAGUACCCAUCAUCAUCCGAUAGUUUUAUCUUUAUUGCAGCAUUCGGCGACGUAUGAUAGGACGCUAUUCUGGACCUCUGACAAUUUCUCGUGGGACAUUCGUCAGUGCAAUGUAGAAUUAAUUCUGGUUUCCAUGUGCAAGGUCACUCAGGGCCGUUCAACUUUCAACUAGUGCUGGGCCGCCCACAAUGAACUAUUGAGUACGAUGCCGUCGGCCAGUUUGCAGGUAGAUCACACAAAUACGAAUGGUUGUCUGUCUGAAGGGCGUCAACAACUUUGGGAAUCCGUGAUUGAGAAUUGACAUCAUCAAGCACCUAUUUCCGCGCCGAGGCCUUCGGUCAAAGGCGCGAAUUCUGAAUGCGGUGUGUGCCUGCCGAGUUUCUAGAGAGGACGAGGUAGCGUACGACGUACGUAGUGACCACGCUUUGCUGCGCAUCCGACGUAACGUACAAAUUAGUUGUGUGCUGGGCCUGGCGAUAGAGCCAGACCGUCUUUCACUAGCACUGUAUUGGCGAA